AUGAAGGACGAGUCAACCUCACACAAAGAGCCAAAGUAUAAGAUCAAUAAAUUGGAAGAGAUUAACUUGGCAGAAAACCCCGAAGAAAAGAAACUUGUGUUCAUUUCGGCUGACUUACUUGUGGCAAUGCGAGGUGAGUUGAUAGAGUUAUUAUACAGAUAUCGAGAUGUUUUUGCAUGGACUUAUGAAGAUAUGCCUGGAUUAGAUCCUAAAUUGGUUACACAUAAUUUAAGUACCCUACCAGAGACUAGGCCAAUAAAACAGACCCCAAGGAAUUAUAGGCCUGAAAUUCAGCUUCAGAUCAAGACAGAAAUUGAAAAAUUACUAAAAGCAGGAUUCAUUCGUACAUGCAAGCAUCCAAUAUGGUUGGCUAACAUUGUCCCAGUAAAGAAGAAGAAUGGGAAGAUAAGAAUUUGUGUCGACUAUCGGGAUCUUAACAGAGCUUGUCCAAAGGAUGACUUUCCUUUGCCGAACCUUGAUACUCUAAUUGACGCUACAUCAAACUGUGAGAUGUUCUCUUUUAUGGAUGGGUUUAGUGGGUACAAUCAAAUUCAAAUGGCUCAAGGAGAUGCAGAAAAAACAGCCUUUCGAACACCAUUUGGAAACUUUUACUACACUGUUAUGCCAUUUGGUUUGAAAAAUGCUGGCGCCACCUAUCAAAGAGCGAUGACAGCAAUAUUCCAUGAUAUGAUACAUGAAAGUAUUGAGGUAUAUGUUGAUGACAUUGUCGUCAAAUCACAGAGCAAGUUCAACCAUAUUCAUGACCUUGAGAAAACAUUCCAAAGAUGUAGAAAGUACAAACUCAAGAUGAAUCCCCUCAAAUGUGCCUUUGGCGUAAAUGCAGGGAAAUUUUUGGGAUUCGUCGUACAUAAGAAUGGUAUAAGCAUUGACGAAGACAAGACCAAAGCUAUAUUAGCCAUAAGGGUACCACAAUCAUCCAAAGAAUUGAAAAGUUUUCUUGGGAAAGUAUCAUACCUACGACGUUUCAUACCAGCUUUAUCCGAACUCACAAGCCCGCUCCAAAAAUUAAUGCAAAAGGGAGUGCCCUUUGGCUGGGGAGAAAAACAGCAAAGCUCAUUUGACAAGAUAAAAACUGUAUUAUCGUCCCCUCAGGUUAUGAUAGCGCCCCUACCAAAAGUUCCACUACUAUUAUAUUUGACUGUUACUGAAACAUCUAUUGGGACGCUAUUAGCACAGGAGGUUGAUGGGAAAGAGAAACCUGUGUAUUACCUCAGCAGGAGAAUGAAAGGGGCCGAGAUAAAUUAUCCGUAUGUUGAAAAACAGUGUUUGGCCUUGGUGUACACAGCUCAACCAUUGCGACACUACCUGGUAGCACAUAAAGUAGUGAUAAUGACUAAAGCAGACCCCAUAAAGUUCAUGCUGAAUAAACCCAUACCUUCUAGUAGAAUAGCUCGCUGGAUACUAAUGCUCAGCGAGUUCGAUAUCAGCGUCAUGUACCCAAGAGCACAAAAAAGUCAAGCCUUGUCUGAUUUGCUAACAUAUUCAUCCAAUAAUGACGAAGAUUGGACCCCAAAAGAAAUCCCAGGAGGGUUACCCGAAGCUAUGGUUUGCGAUGACGAAAUACAAGAGAAAUGGGUAAUAACAUUUGAUGGAUCAUCAACCUCCAAUGGGGGAGGUGCAGGAAUAGUAUUGACCAACCCAGAAGGUAAGAAUCAUACUCAGGCAUACAAAUUGUCUUUUGAUUGUACUAAUAAUGAGGCUGAAUAUGAGGCACUUAUUUUGGGUAUGACGGCUGCACUAAACAUGGAAGUAAAAAGAGUUGUAAUUAAAGGAGACUCUAAGCUCGUCAUCCAGCAAGCCAAAGGAGAAUUUUCUGUGAAGGAACCAUCACUGGCGAUAUAUCGAGCAAUGGUCCAAGAAUUAGCAAAGAAUUUUCAGGAAUGUCAGUUUGAACACAUGCCUCGAACGCAAAACAGAUAUGCUGAUGCUUUAGCUACCAUGGCUUCUAAGGUCGAGGUGUCUGAAACUCAAAAUUUGGUAUGCAAAAUAAUCAAUCAAAAGUGUUCAGUUAUCUUGGCAUACAAAAGAGGGUUUGAACUCGAGGAAUGGCAGCAACAAAUAGUGAAUAAACUUACCGAACCAAAAAUGACCAGUUUCAAAGAAAGACGACAUUUCAUUAUGAUUAAAGAUACGCUUUAUCACCGAUCCGCGGAUGGAGUAUUGGCAAGAUGUUUAAAUCAAGAAGAAGCUAUUGCACGAAUGGAGGAAAUUCAUGAUAUUACUUGUGGGAUAGAGGGCCCUAAAUUAUCAAGAAGGCUGCAAAGAGCGGGGUACUAUUGGGAAAAUAUGGAGGAAGAUGCUGCAAGUUUGCAAAAAGAUUGCCCGAACUGUCAACUCAUAUUUAAUAGCACUGAGGCGAUCUUAAUCACCGAAAUCGAUGACUGGAGGAGGCCAUACCAAGAGUAUUUUCGAGAUAAAGUGACUCCUUGUGAUAAGAAAGAAAAGGAAAAGUUGCUAAGACAUGUAAGCAAGUAUUGUUUAAAAGACAACAAUGACCUUUAUCGUAAAGGAUUCAAUGGGAAGUUGUUGCGUUGCAUUAGCAAUGAAGAAGCAGAGGAAGUUAUGAAAGAAAUCCACCAUGAGGAUUGCGGUGAACAUCAAGGAGGACGAAAGCUGUAUGAAGAAGUGGUGCGCAUAGGGUACUAUUGGCCAACCAUGGAGAUGGAUGCAAUGAAGUUUGCAAGAGAAUGCCAAAAAUGUCAGAUUUUCGGGAACAAGAUACAUGCUCCAGCAAUCUCUCUACAAUCUGUGACUACUCCUUGGCCAUUCCACACUUGGGCCAUGGAUCUCAUAGGACCGAUUUCACCUCCUUCUCAAGGAAGAAUUUGGAUCUUAGCAGCAACAGAAUGUUUUACAAAAUGGGCGGAAGCAAUCCCAUUGAAGAAGGCCUCUACAGAAACUGUGGCAACUUUUAUUCUAGAACACAUUAUUUGUCGAUUUGGAAUACCAAAAAGAAUUUUGUCAGAUAAUGGUACACCUUUUACGGGAAAAGCGACGAAAAAUUUAUUAGAAGAUUAUCAAAUUUCCCAUGGAAAGUCAACUAGGUACUACCCACAAGGGAAUGGUAUUGCUGAAGCUUUUAACAAGUUACUAUUACGAGUUUUGAGUCGUAUGGUACAUGAUAGUCCCGCAAUCUGGCAUGAAUUUGUCCCUCUUGCUCUAUGGGCUUAUCGCACUUCAAAACGGGGAUCAACAGGAUUUACACCAUUCUCCUUGGUAUAUGGGUCAGAAGCAGUAUUACCUGCGGAAAUAGCUGUACCUUCCGCCAAGUUAGCCAUGGCAGUAGGAAUGGAUGUGCAUCAAGCAAGGCUAGAAGAAUUGGAAUUGGUGGAUGAACGAAGGGAAAAAGCCAAAGAUAACCUGCUACAAUAUCAACGGCGUGUGGCUCGAGCCUAUGAUAAACUAGUGCGUCCAAGGAUAUUUCAAAAGGGAGAGCUAGUCCUAAAAGCUACAGAUCAUGUGAUGAGAGGUAUGCACGCAACAAAGUUUGUGCCAAAUUGGGAAGGGCCCUAUGUUAUUGAAGAAAUUAAAAAUAGUGGCUACUGCAUUCUCCUAAAUCCUAACAGUGGAUCGACACUUCCUCCUACAAAUAUCAAGUAUGUGAAAAAAUACUUUUCUUAG